CUCCUGCGACCACUGCAAGCGACUCCCCCUCCUUCCACUACCCCGGUUGGAAGCAAGCCCCCCCUGGCGGUGCCUGCGCUAUAAACUCGAUGUCGAAACGAAGCCUCAAUAUAAUCCGGCGCGCUUGUGGCGCCUGCGCCGAAUCAUGCGCGGCACCUGCGCUGAUGAAGCGACAGCACCCGCGGCGCGCGCGAUAAUGCCACCGUGGCGGGGCGAUGUCUGCACUCUGUGCUCUGACGCGCCUGCGCAGCCGGCGCCGCCUGCGCCGCAUCGCGCACCCUCAGCUCCGGGCACUGGCGGGGGCGGACCGGAGCGGUGGUUGGACCGCGCGUCCUCGGCGCGGCGUCGCUGGUUUUUUGCACGGGGCAGGCAGCAGCCAGCUGGGCGCGGACAGCAUCGAAGCCCACGCUCGAGAGGUCGACCUUGCGACGGUUCACCAGCGCGCCCCCGUCACCCACAAGGUCAUAGAGCCCAGACAGAGCCCUUCAGUUUCUGUCGUUGUUGGCGUUCGGUAUCGGGAUCUGGAAAUCAGGACCGAGCAAGCAGCCGAGCGGCUUCGCCCUGGAUGCGAGGAUGGCGGUGACAGCGGCGACGUCGAUGGCGACAAAGCAACCCUCGCGGCCGCGAUCACGAUCAAUACAUUGCACAAAGUCGCGCGGAUCGGUUCCGAGUAAUGUUCCCUACUUCGUCCGGCGAAUAAGCUGCAAGCGGACAACGCCU